CUGUAAUGUCCUCUUUCAUUUGAAUCAAGUUUCUAUUCAUCUCAGAGUUCUUAUUGACAUACAUGCAUGGCAAUUGCCUCGAAAGCGACCUGUGAUUUCUUUAUAUCUACUUACCAACUAUUAGGACUGGGUUGCAUAUCGUGUCUGCACAAUCAACACGGAAAGUAGGGGCACAACUCAUCUUCGUGUCGUCACCAUAUUCCUAGUACGCUUUCUGGCGGAAUAUAUCGUACCGUCUACGCCAUCUGAUCACGCCAACAUUACAACUCUAGCAGGAUGGCCACCACGAAAUCAAAAACGACGCCGACGGGGCCUAUCACCACGCCCCUUACCGUGCUGCUUGGUAUCCAGCACCCUAUCGUCCUGGCCGGCAUGGCGAGGACAUCCGGUGCCGCACUUGCUGCCGCCGUGUCAAACGCUGGUGGUUUGGGGGUUAUCGGGGGAUUCAUGUAUACACCAGACCAGCUCCGUGAAAUCAUUUCGGACAUGAAGGCGCUCUUGAAUGACCCCAACCUUCCUUUCGGCAUUGACCUCGCCCUCCCCCAACUUGGCGGCACCGCCCGCAAAACAAACCACGACUAUACAUCCGGUAAGCUAGACGAGCUCAUCGACAUUACCAUCGCAAGUGGCGCGAGGCUGUUCGUCUCCGCCGUCGGCGUCCCGCCUAAACCCGUCAUCGACCGCCUCCACCAGGCCGGCAUCCUGGUCAUGAACAUGGUUGGCCACCCCAAACACGCCGUCAAAGCGCUCGACCUCGGCGUCGACCUCGUGUGUCCCCAGGGGGGCGAAGGAGGGGGCCAUACCGGAGACAUCUCGAACUCGGUACUGAUACCGGCUGUGGUGGAUGUCGCGCGACGGUAUAAACCGCCUAUGCUCAAGGGUUCACCGGCACUGGUCGUAGCCGCGGGUGGCAUAUCCACAGGCCGGGCCCUAGCCUCCUCACUGAUGCAAGGCGCGGUGGGAGUCUGGGUGGGUACACGAUUCGUAGCGAGCGUAGAGGCUGGGUGCAGCGAGGAGCACAAACAGAGCGUAGUAGAAUGCGGCUUCGACGAUACGGAACGGACACUUGUCCUAUCUGGCCGGCCGCUGCGCAUGCGCACCAACGAAUACGUAGCGAAGUGGCACGCCCAGCCGCAGAAGAUCAAGGAGUUGUGUGACCAAGGCGUUGUGCCGAUUGAGUGGGAUUUCGAGCAGGGAAAUGAGGUCGAUCCGCCGCACUUGAUGGGGCAGGUCGCGGGGGCUAUCACGAAGAUCCAGCCGGCGAGGGAGAUCGUAGAGGAGAUGGUCGAGGAGGCCGUUGGGAUGCUGAGGGUCGGGAGUGGGUAUAUUGCGAAUAGUGCUGUCGAGUCGUCCAAGGCUAGAUUGUAGGGCUACUACUGGUCUCGACUGCUCGAAAAUCAGAUAAAACAAAUCAAACCAUCGCCAUGACACAUGAGUACUUCUCAAGCGCUUGUUAAAUGACAUGUACCAGGAAAGAAGACAAAUAGACAUCCUUGACCCACUGCAUUAGCAAGGGGUUGUUAAACCGCC